UCCGUUCACGACUCUGCCAUUGCUAUUCUCCAACUCUAAACCCGCGCAGGAAUGAGCAACGCUCGCCGAGCAGCGGAUACUGGCCCGCUCUAAACAAGUAGCCUAUUUUAAUCGUUCCUGUGGACGUUCAUGCAAUUUCGCAUAACUGACAAGUAGAUAUCGCAUGCUAAAAUGGAUCGUCAGUUCACGAACCUUAACAUGUAACAGAAUACUCGCUGGUCCCCGCUUGUGAAGCAGGAGUGAAGAGCAAUCAAUCACCGGACACCUCCACCGUUAUUCGUGUGUGUACAGUACAGUGAGCGCUGCUGAGGCAGGGGAACCGCUGCUCUAAUGCUUCCCUGACCACACCAACUCAGCGCUGCUAUUUUAACGCGGUAUCUUGUUUUCGACCAAACAUCAGAUCAGGUUUUAUAGCGGGACAAAAUGUUGCAAGUGUUGAUUUGCGGCGUUGUGGUCUUCCCCGGUCUCUUCUUCACUUUUAGAAAAGUGCUUCCGUCCAUUUUCAAGCAGUGGACAGAUGCCGACGUCGUGCUGGUCAGCGAGAGGUUGGUGUCAUCCAUUCAUGCUGUUAUGGCUACCGCAGCUGGAAUCAUUGUGGUGUCCUCGUGCAAAGGCAAUGUGAUUAUGGACCGACACUGGCUGACCACCUAUUUUGUCAUUUGGUAUGGCGUUCCCUACAUGUCAUAUGACAUCUUUGCCAUGUACCUCAGCCAUUACUAUCGCUUCCGGGUCAAAGGUCACAAGGACUAUAAAAGCCACUCUCUACGAACCGUCAACUCAUUUGUGAAGAAAGAGUUCCUGCUGGUCCUCCAUCACAUUGCACUACUCACCAUUCUACUGCCUGUGACUCUGUUCUUCAGGAAGGACCAGGGUGAUUACUUCAUUGGCUGUCUCUUCCUCACAGAGCUCAGCACUCCUUUUGUUUCAGUGGGCAAAAUCCUCAUUCAGCUGGGAAUGCAGGACUGCUGGCUGCACAAGGUUAAUGGUGGCAUGGUGCUGCUGAGUUUCUUCAUGUGCCGCAUCGCACUCUUCCCCUACAUGUACUGGACCUACGGCUCCCACUACGGCAUCCCUCUUUACAGCGUUCCCUUCCAUCUGCCGCUCUCCACCAAUCUGGGCAACCUCUGCAUCCUGUCGCCGCAGGUCUACUGGUUCGUCCUCCUCUGCCGUAAAGGCUUCCGACUCUACAAGCGUCAGCGGGAUGCCCAGAACCAGGCCUCUCCGCUGUCCUCGCCCGAGCCUCUCUUGGAUAUCUCCAAGGCUGAUUAGUGAAGGUCUUUAUCUGGAACAAACAAUCAAAUGACGUCACAGCUGAAGGCUAUGGCACUACAUCUACUACUGUUACAGUACAACCAAGACUUCAUGUUAGACAUACCCUUAUCACUCCUCUUCAUUUUUCUCUUCUCUGCUUUACUCCAUUCCACGCACACACUUAUAUUUACAUGUACGACCGUUACAAUGCCGCUCCACUGGAUUUACUGCAGUGACCUCCAGGGAACAUCUUUUAGGUCAGUUAUCGAGGGCCGAGACCCUCUCUUCCUUCUCUGAUUGGAGUAUCUGUUACAGUUUGGACUGAUGUCUUUGAAUGUCAUUGGAAUUAUCUUGUUACUUUUUGGUUAUUGUCUUUGUCCCAUAUAUGAAAUUCUAUCCCGUGUGCUUAAAGUACAGAAAUCCACUGGUUUAAAUGAGGGAAAUUAUUAUGUGAAUGGCUUAGCCAUCAUUAUAAUAAAUUCAUCAGAUUAAACCCACAGUAUUUCAGAUCACAUCCGAGCAACAUUUCACAUCACUUCCCACUCGCCUCAAAGCUCCGAUCACAUGGUAAGCAUUUCCAUGGCUGCAGUGCUGCUGUUCUUGUUUACAGCUCAUUAGAGUUCUGUGAAUGUGUUUGCACACACACACUGCCCUGCUGUGACUGUUUACACACCGCCCCACACAUGCUCUGGAGGCUGCUAAUGAAUUCUGCUUCACUUCUGUGGGCCUUCUGAGAAUCCGAAGUCCUCCCAUCCACAUGGGGGCAGUAGAGAGUCAGUCUUUGUGUUUUAACUAGGGAUGGGCAACUUCAGUCCUGGAAGGGCCACUGUCCUGCAGAGUUUAGCUCCAACCCUGAUAAUAAACUCACCUGCCUGUAGCUUUUUUUUGUGAUCUGGAAGACACUGAUUAGCUUGCUCAGGUGUGUUUGAUUAGGGCUGGAGAUAAUCUCUACAGGACAGUGGCCCUCCAGGAUCAAAGUUGUCCAUCCCUGGUUUAAUUGGCAUACACAGGACUCGAGUCUAUAGGGGGAUGGGGUCUUUGCAGGGUACAAAGAGUGAGCACAUAACGCUUGGCAUAUCUUUUAGGCCACAUUAUGCCCGAAGGCAUCUCCAGGCAGUAGUCAAAGCAAUAACACAGGGGGCUUCAAAGCAAGGGAUUGUGGGUAGUUGGAUAGCUCAUGUGAACACAUGGGCAAGGAUAGAAAAGUUGUAUGCCACCUACUCUGAAAACUGAUAUUUGUAUAUCUAAAGGGCACAAUACUGGGUUCCUAUGGUCUUGGGAAGAUGGAAAAUAUCAGGGAAUUUUAUGUUUGUGAUUUUCAUGUGUGGAACAGUCAUUGGUAAUCUUUAAAAUUCAUAAUUUCAGUAGUCAAUUUUUUUUUUUUUGUUAUGCUCAGCUCCUCGGAGGAAUCAUUUUUUCAGCUAAAAAUUACUUUUUAUGAUUGCUAUGUCUACUAAAUAAUUUCUAGAAAAUUUUGAGUAAUCAUGGAAAAAGUCAGAAAUUUGCUGGUCAAAAGAUGUGAGAACCCUGGUAAUAGUGUCGUGUUUGUGAGUGUGAAGUGUGAAAUGCUCUUGAUGUAGGGCAUGAGUUUUCUAUGAAUCUUUCUAUUAACUGAGCCUAAAUUUUGAGUUGUAGAUAAAUAAUUGUAUUUAUUUCUAUACUGAUGAAUAGUGCAGCAUAAAUGGGUGAUUUGCUGUAGCUUAGGGUAAUUUUUUGGGAUAAUCUGUGGCGUAUGAGAGCUUGUGUAAGUGUAGCAAGGAACUCAGAAGCCUUUGUUUCAGGGCUUUUAACAUAACCUGCAGCAUCUUUCAUAAUACAUUUAGUGAAUGCUGGAUGCCGUAUGAAUGCAACUAACAGUUGUAGAUUCCACUAAGCACUUUUCAGUAGUGCAGAACUGUCAGAUUAAAAUGUUGCUCAGUACAUACCCAUGCACUCUUAUUUAGUGUGUUUCUAAGACAAACUGGACCUAAAGGUUGCCUUUAGCAAGUGUGUUUGUGUGCGAGAGACAGAAAGAAGACUUAUAUAACAGUGUGUAUAAGCUCCCAGCUCACUCUCUAGGAGGUUGAACGGGGUCUUUGCUGGACUGAAAGAGAGAGAGAAUGCAUGUUUUGCUCUCCAUUUCUAAAGCUUUAGUACUUUUCAAAACUAACUAUGCAGUUUUUCAAGCUGCUGCUUCUUGUCUAUGGCAACACUAUGCUUUCUUUAGUUUUGCUGAGAUGGGAUGCAUUUGGCAGAUGAGUUGGCCAUAUUAAUCAUAAUGCAUGUUAUGUUUCUGAUAUUUUCAUUUUUUUUCAGUAGUAUAUCAUGUCAAUGCUUUUCUCAGUUGUUUUUCUCAGUUGUAGCAUACGUUGUACGUUUUUCUAUAACCAACAUUAAUUUCUCUCAUUUUUCACUCUUUCAUUUUUCAGAUUGUGUUUUAUAAGACAUACCCAUAAUGUAAUAUAUACACUAUAUGGCGGAAAGCAUGUGGACACCCAACGAGCAUUUAAAAUCAAAUCAAUGGGCAUUAAUUAGGAGUUUGUCAUUCCUUUGCUGCUAUAACAUCUUACAUUCUUCCCAAACUGAGGAAAAAAGUUGGGUGCAUACUAUUCUGUUGAAUAUCAUUGUGUGGUGUAGAUUUGUUUUUAAUUGAAUUAAGGGGCCUAUUGUUAAUUAUGAAGGGAUGUCCACAAACUUUUCGCUGUGUACUGUAAGCCUAGAAUAUAUGAAGGUUUAUAUUCAGAGUUUUGAAAUGCAUGGAACAUUAUCAUAAAUCAAUAUAUGUACUGUCCAACAGGCUUAUUUAUGCCACACUUAACCUUUAAAUCAUAGUGCAGUGUAUAAUGCUGAUAAUCAAUUUUUUUUUUUUUUUUUUUUGGAAAUAAUAAUACAAGUCGUACAACGUGUCUUCAAAGCCUCCUCUCUCAGCUCAGGGUUUGAUAAAGACGUUAUCAUCAGUUAUUUAGAGAUGAAAGAUGAGACUGUGAUUUAAAAAGGAUUUACAUAAGACACAUUUAUAAUUGAAAUAUUUUUUUCAACACUUUUUGGGUUUGGUAGACCAAAGAUUCUUAGACACUUUUUAUAGAUAAGUGACAUGUAGCUAAACUGUCUGAGACUCCACAUCAUUGCCUUUCCCUUGCUCAACAUCCACACAGGAUCAGAUCUCUACAGGAAUGGCUGUGAAUAUGGCUCAGGCAAACUGGAAUUCUCUACUGGAAUAUUUGGCUUAGUUUAUGUUGUUUUACUGUAAAUUACAAACCGUGAAUCUGAUGAAAACAUGUCCAGAUCAUAUUUCACCCCCAAAAGCAGUGAAUAAUAAAAUAAAAAUAAAAUGAACAGAGAAAUUAACAUGUUUAAUUGUCAUAAAAGAAAAAAAAAGGCUUAUUGGUCAUAAUAUGGACUUAAUUUUCUUAAAUAUAUGACCCGGACAUGCUUUUAACAGGUUUUUUGAGAAGGGCAGAAGUUGAGAAAUAAGAGUUGUAGAUGUUCAGGAAUGUUAUCAGCUGCUCUGUUUUUUAAUACAUAUCAAAACUAGACUGCACUCUUGCUGGUUUGAUGGGUGCUUUGUUUGGAGCUUUAUAGUUUACUGUAAAUGGAUGUAACAGGAAUGGAUGAAGGCAAAUAUAUGCAUAAAAGUCUGAGGAUAGAAAAUUGAGCUAUAUUAAAUAUUAUAAUAUCUAUAAAAGUUUUGUUUUACCCCCAAACUAUGUGUUGUCUGGAAUAUCAUAAAAUACAGUGCCUUGUAUUAAAGUUGUGUGUGAUAUUGACACAAGCUCAGUGCACAGCAGCCCUGGGCAGGUGGUGUUUUAGGUUGUGACUGUCUCUGCUCACACUUUUGUUUUGUUCACAGUACAUUACACAAAACUAAGACAAAUCUUUCCAUCAUCAGGCACAGUGUACUGUACACUUAAAGCCUUUAUGCUAGUGGGUUUGAUUUUAAUUUGGAUAAAUUGUUACAGCUAACUUUGUCCGUCAAACAUGCUUCUAAGUCUUAAAAUUGUUUUAAGUGAGGUUCUGUAUGCUUGCUGUGUUGUCUUUAUAUUUGCACUACUAAAGCUAAUUUAAAACAAAUCUAAACUCUAAAGGUCUAUAAAGUUACCCAGUUUUCUGAACUGCAUCCAUUCCUCAUGAAACAGACACAAUUGGACAAUGUAUUGGCACAAUCUUAGGCAGGUUUAAAGCCAUGUUACACAUCUACUCUGUUUAGAUUUUUGCACGGAUUGAGAAGCAUCUUAUCUUCCAACACAUUCCUUGGUUGCAUCUCCAAACUCAAUUCAGCAUUAUUAACUCUUGUUUAGAGAAGUGGGAAAGGAAACUUUUCAGAGAACUGGGCAGUAGCCAGAAAGCAUGUUUGCAUUAUCUGUUUCCUGCUGAGGAAAACUCAUUUCCUUGCUAUGUCAGCUUGACCUCAAAGCAUGAUUUCAUUGUGAUUUCCUAAUGCACAACCUUUAGCACUCCCUGCCCUCUUAUUUUUGAUCACAUUUUGAUUUUCACACAUAUAUUGUAUCAGAUUUCAUAUAAAUAUAUAGGUUUCUGUUUGUUUGUAGGAUGACAUUUUAAGAACUCUCCUUUUAGAAAGGGGAUACAGAGUGAAACUAAUAUAAACACUUGAUUGAGCUUAUUUUCUUGAAACUUGUAAAUCCAGACACCACUUUGGAGAAAAUAAAUCUGAUUUGGUGAAUUCUUUUAAA